CCAGACAAGUUCAUGUGAAGGGGAUUAAGAUUGCGAAUUUCAUAUCAAAAUAGCGUGAGAAACGAAUCCUACCCCUUUUGAUUCUCAAGCUUUUUCUUCCUCUCACAGCUUUCUAAUCUUGUCUAAUUCUGGUUUUCCUUUACCGACCAACUCUCACUCAAAUCUCCCUUUUUGAAUUCUCCAGCUACCGAAAGCCAUCCCCUUUGAAGCUCACGAUCGGUUUUACUUUGUUAAAGAGUCCUCAUCUCUCGUAUUCUUCUCUUUUAGAAAAAAGAACCACCGAAUCCUUUUCUCAUUUUGCUUCUUCAAAAAUCCGCUACAAAAACCAAUUGAGCGCAACGGUCCCCGAACCACACUCGGCGACUCCUAUCGCAUGCAUUUUGCUUCACAAAAACCAAAACGAAACGCAGAGAGAGAGAGAGAGAGAGAGAGAGAGAGAGAGAGAGAGACCACCAACGACGAUGCAGAGGGUGGCUAAGCUUGUGAAAGCCGUCGUUAGUAUGCCAACGAAGGGAGCCUCGGGUAUGACCACGUUGUGCUGGAGCAAGAGCGUUUUUUCCAUGGCGGAGGAAGUCCCUAAACGGCUGGUCAUCAAAGGAUUCAAGGUUCUUCUCUUCGGAGUUCCGAAAUACUUCCUUGGUGGAACUUGGGGGAUGGCUUCUGCCACUAUUUUUAUUCUGAAGGUUAUCAUCAAAUUCUUCUUCUUUAUUCUGAAGGUGGAACUUAGGGGAUGGCUUCUACCACUAUUUUUAUUUUGAAGGUUAUCAUCAACUCAAGACCGUAGAAAAGGAUUAAUUAGAAGAGACAACGACAAUGCUUGAGGGGAACUGCUAAAUUUUCUUCUUCUUCUUCUUCUUAUUGUUUUUAUGUUGUGGUUUUCGUACUGCAUGUUUGUGUUAUAUGGUCUAUCCUUUGGUAAUGUAGCCUUGCACAACUUAAUGACAUAUUCACCGUCGAAUCUUCUUCAUGUUAAAUGAGAGUUGAGCUCUCAAAAUAUAGAAAGAACAAACGAAAUAGAAGUGAAAGAGCUAAGCGCUUGAGUUAUUCCA